UGGGUCACAUGACUAUUAGGGAGCAAAACAAGGCUGCUGCUCGUUGCUGUCGUCAAGCUAUGGAUCUGCGUGUAGCGAGCUCUGUGGUAGCGUGUCUGCUGGUGACGGCGCAGUUAUCCCUGGCCGCCGAGCGUCACGACUGCCCGGCAUCCUCGUGUCCCCAGCCACACGAGAGUUUAGACCUGUCGCCACUGCAAGGUACAUGGGAGCUGGUAGAUUUUGCCGAGUCAGAGCUGGGAGUUCGUGAGCCGAGAUUCUUCAACCUCAGUCUGUGUGGCCCAGUGGACUAUACUGGACCAUCCAACAGCUGCCAGGACACCAGCCUUUGCUACUCACAGCUUCUUGAUAGAUACUACAGUCUGGGCAGCACAGGUAGUUGUCGGUACAGCUACAGUGACCGGAUGGUAAAGCUGUACUACACGUACGGCGAAGAUGCCAGCAACGUGUUUGGACAAGGAAACGUUACUGUCACCCUUGUCUGUGGGAGGAGUUUGGGAGUGCCAGAGGUGGUUGUGGGUGACCCGGCAGACCACACCAUCGAGAUACUGUGGCUCACCUCAGCCGCCUGUAAGACGGACUCCUCCCUUGCCGCCACGCCCGAGACCAAAUGCUACACCAUCAGAGCCUACGAGGAGAACGGUGUCAAGGCAAAGAUGAUUGAUCUCUCCAACCUCAUCCAGCCGUCGGGCUACGAGGUGACGCACGCAGAGACCAAAGAGGCCGUGUUUCUCGUCGGAGUCUGUCGUCCCAUCCAGAGUCGGACGUACCCGCAGUGUAACGGGUCGAUGGUGUGUUUGGUUCGUGGUGACCCGAGUUUCGAUCUGGGCGACGUGUCUAUCCCGCUGAAACUUGCCUCUGUUAAUGGUUCUUCCAGUCUGGAAGUAGAGAGCGGUUUUCCAACACUGACGUAUACUGGAGAGCAGGCCACUGGCUGUGACAGGGAGAGGAGAGUGAAGGUCAUCUACCAGUGCCCUUCUGGGAGAGAGGAUCUAGGUCCCACUAUCUCCUUCCUGGACGACCGUCUCUGCCUCGUUGUGGUCACCUGGUACUCCUACUCCGCCUGCGGUAUCGACGCAGUCCAGAGCACUGGCUGUAUUCUGACCUCUGCCAGUGGGCUGUCGUUUGACCUCACCGGGCUCUCGGAGACUCUCAUGCAGGUCAACGGAACGUCUCCCGACAGGCACAACUACACCUACGCCGUGCAGUUGUGCAGUGGGAACAGGGUUAAUACUCAAUGUGGGAUCCUGGAUUCGACGGGAGUUCGCGUGGCGCAGAUCGACUCCCAAAACCACGGAGUCUGUCGCUCCCUCGGGACGGGGGAAGGUAAACUGAGAUACGUGGAUGGUGCCCUGUCCCUCACCUAUGAAAUGGGCGACAGCUGUCACUCAAACUUCCACCGCACGUCAAUCAUUAACUUUGUUUGCCCCGAGGACGUAAAGGAAGCAUCGAGUUCGAACCAGCUUCGUUUUCUGAGCGAGGACAACUGUCUGUAUGAGUUUGAGUGGUCUACUCCGCUGGCCUGUGGCACCCAGACCUCGGGUGCUCAGGACUGCCACUUCGAGUUGAACGGGAAUGAGUACAACUUUGCUCCGCUCCUCGGGGAGGCAGACAGGAACUGGGUGGCCGUUGACGAAGUGGAGGAGACAGAGUGCUACAUGGUGAACCCCUGCGGAGAGCUUUUCGUUACCGAGGACUCUCGCUCGGCGGCUGAUUACUGUAACGACAGGGUGGCCCCCAAGAGCGGCUGCGUCGGGUGCAGCGUGUGUCAGAUCAACAAAGACGGCGGCACGAAAUGCAUCGGGACUUUCGAUCUACAGAACGCUCUCUCUCUCUCGAGUGUGGACCAAAACGUUGUGACCGUUCGCGGUAACUCUAGUGACAAGUCUGACUCUGGCCCUGUGGCCGUGAUGCACUAUGUCUGCAAGACUGGCGACUUCACCACACCGCCCGUUUUUGUAGCCAUCACCAACGAUCGAUUCUACGAGUUUCACUGGAUGACGAUGGCUGCUUGUCCACUCGGAAUCCACGUGGGGGAAAGCUGUACCGUCCAACACGAGUCCACGGGCUUCGUCUUUAACGCUACCUCUCUAUCAUCCAUCCAGUUUUCAUUUGACACCACUGCCUACCAGUUUAACAUCUCGGUAUGUAAACCACUGAACUAUACCUGCCACGAGAGUAAAAAAGCCGGCGCCUGUCAGAAGUACAGCAGUAGUAAGAAGCUACUGGGUGAAUCCAACUCUGCUCUGACUUACUCGGACGGGACGCUGUUUCUCCAGUAUCGUAACGGUGAUCCGUGCCACUCUGGAGGGACUAGGAACACUACUGUCCUGCUCAUGUGCGAUAGCCAGGCUCACAGACCCACCAUUGCUGCCGUGAACGAAGUCAACCACUGCCAAUACGCGGUUGAACUCCACACGAAACAAGCUUGUCCGCCGGCUUUUAGAGCUACCGAGUGCAUCCACUUCGACCAGGGACACACGUACGAUUUCUCUGAGCUUUCAAAUGGCCUGGACUUUGAAUCGCUGCCUCGCUGCCCGCAGGAGGCAGGUAUGGGUGCCUGCAAGUUCCCCACGGCUGGCUCCGACGAGGGAGAGGUUCUGGGUUACCUGAUCGGAGAUAUGGUGGAGGAGGUGACUGGGGUACUGAGACUCUCCUACUAUAAUGGAGCAAAGUGUGCGGGGAGUGGGAAGAGUAGAACUGUCAACAUCUUCUUCCAAUGUGAGAUGGGAGCUGGACUGGGGGUGCCCAUUGAGAGGGACAGUAGUGAUGACAGCUGUAUCACCAGCAUCGACUGGCUCACUCAGUACGCCUGUCCUCUGGACGCAGUCAGCACCAAUGAAUGGAACAUCUCUAACCCCGUCACCCACCAGAACUUUGACCUCACAAAACUGAGCCCUGUCCUCUCUCAGACUUUUAUCGAGAACGGCAUCACCUACAACUACACAGUCGCACUCGGCGGGCAUCAAAUAGAAUGCGGGACGUUGGGCAAAGACUACCAUAACCCCAUAGGAGCGUGCCAGGUCAGAGUUGACACGGGGAAAUCGUUCAUUCUCGGAGGACCGUUUUAA